AACACUGGCUAUUCAAGUGGAGGAGUAGAUAUGGCCGUAGCUUCAGCAGCGCCAUUGGCAAUGAACGGAGCUAUAAAAAUGGCUACAAAUUCACAAGCAUACUUGGAAGGAACUAAGGUCAAACAAACAAAGUCCUUAAUCGCCUAUCUAUGCCGCAAUUUCUACAAUAAGGGUUGGGUUGCCGGCACCGGCGGCAGCAUUACCAUUAAAGUUCACGAUAACUCAAUUUCUAAACCUCAACAACUUAUCGUCAUGUCCUAUUCAGGCAAGCACUUAUUUAGAGGUGUGCUAAAGGAAAGGAUGGUGGAAGAGGAUAUGUAUGUGUUGUCUUCAAAUGGGUCUGUUUUAUCUACACCAUUGGCCACAUCUUACCCGCAUAAGCCUCCCAAGUAUUCUGAUAAGAUUACUCAUACGGAAAUGAUCAAAGGAAUUCAAGGGCACAGUUACUAUGAUGAACUUAUGGUCCCUAUCAAAGAGAACACUGCCCACGAGAGAGAGCUCCCAGAAUCUCUUACAGAAGCAAUCAAAGCUUACCCAAAGACAAUGGCUGUGCUGGUCCGAAACCAUGGGAUAUAUGUGGGGGGAGAUUCUUGGAUCAGUGCUAAAACUCAGGCUGAGUGUUACCACUACCUAUUUGAUGCCGCAGUUAAACUUAAUCAGUUGGGACUGGACUGGACAACACCAACUCAUGGUCUCAUUCAUAACUCCAAUGGUGCUUUAAGCAGCAUUCGAAAUUUCAAGAUGUCUGCAAAAGCAGGUGCUCUUGCUUCAAAUGGUGACAUUGAGCCAUUAAGGCGCUGCAUUGUUUUGGAUAUUGAAGGAACCACAACACCCAUAUCAUUUGUUACAGAUGUUCUUUUUCCUUAUGCUCGUGAUAAUGUCCGGAGACAUUUGGAUGCAACAUAUGAUUCGGCAGAAACCCAGGAGGAUAUUAUGCUACUGAGAGCUCAAGUACAAGAAGACUUAGAAAAUGGUGUUGCCGGUGCUGUGCCUAUCCCCUCUAAUGAUGCUGGGAAGGAGGAGGUAAUUGCAGCUUUGGUAACAAAUGUUGAGGCAAUGAUUAAAGCUGACCGAAAAAUUACUGCCUUAAAGGAGUUACAGGGGCAUAUAUGGCAAACAGGGUUUAAAAAUAACGAGUUAGAGGGAGUUGUUUUUGAUGAUGUGCCCAAAGCUCUUGAGAGAUGGGCGGCUUCAGGCAUCAAGGUGUACAUAUACUCAAGUGGCAGCAGAUUGGCACAAAGGCUUUUGUUUGGUUACACAAACUAUGGGGACCUGAGAAAAUAUCUCUGUGGAUUUUUUGAUACAACAGUUGGCAAUAAGAAAGAAACAAAAAGUUACCAUGAAAUUACAGCAUCCUUGGGGGUAGAUAACCCAUCCGAGAUUUUGUUCGUGACUGACGUUUAUCAAGAAGCUAUAGCUGCAAAGCCAGCAGGUUUGGAAGUGAUAAUAUCUGUCAGGCCAGGGAAUGGAGCUCUUCCAGAUAAUCAUGGAUUUAGGACAAUCAAGUCCUUUUCAGAGAUCUAAAGAUGUAAUAUGUUGCUCUGAGAAUCCCCCCCCCCCCUCCAAACCCCUCAUGUACAACAAUAUAUUCAGUGUAAUCUGCAGAUAGAAUAUGGGGAAGGUGGGGUAUACAUAGACCUUCCCGCCAUGUGCAUAAUCGCAUUUGUGGCUAUUGUUAUCUUACCGGUCUAAACCCGUCCUAAAGA